AUGGGAACUGGUGCGAAGCAGAAAGACGCAUCAAAAGCGACGCCAUCGGGGCACAAGGAGCGGCCCAACAAGUCUGACAAGCGUAAGAACUCUUUCAAGGCGUCCCAUGCAAAGCGGCUGGAAGAUGCAAUAGCCUGGAUGUAUCACUGGCACACAGACAGAAGCACCUGGACCUUCGACAAGAAGCAGCAGACGUUGCUUGUGCAGGCAUGGAUGGACUCAGAGCGCAUGCCCAAGGACACCUUUGCCGUCUUCUGCCUUUUUGCCGCGGGAAGUGAGGCGGAAGCCUUCAAGCGCCGCUUGUUGCAGGAGGCAGAAGUCAUGCUCACUCGCUACAGAAACAACAAGGAAAACGAAAAUCUCCGGAGGCAAGCAAAGAGGGCAGUCAAAUUGAAGGCCGCCCUCAGCAGCGGGAAGAAUGAUCCUGAGGCCCAGCUCCUGGCGGACGAGGUAUAG